AUGGCCAAGCCCAAUAAACUGCUUACUGAUUGGAAAAUAUAUAACAAGACCAGUCCAGACAUUGAAAAUGAUUUUAAGGGCACUUCAGAUGCAGUCAUACCUGUGACCAAUACCACUGGAUUUGAUAAAACACUGCCUAACUUCGGUAUACAAGUUAUGCCGGUGAAAAAUGUGUAUAAAAGGGAUUAUAACUGCUAUGAUAUCGGUAAAGUAAGGCAUGUUUUUCUUAAUCGCCCAACCGAUGCCAUUCCCGCCGACGGUCAAAGUGGCCACAAAGUAAUUGCUGUAUUCAAUGAUUACAACUCCUCUUUCAAACGGCUUCUAUGGCUGUACGCCGACGAACUAGAGAUCAGGUACUGCUGGACACAAACUGAUGCCAUGUCUACCGAUUGUUUUCCAAACAGUACUACGUUAAUUGACUGCGGAUUUAAACCACCAACAUCAACUUCAACGGUCACUACAGAGACAGUGGCUAAGCCUAUCACUACUAGCUCACCGGUACUGACAUCACUAACUUCAAGCCUAGUACUGAAUCCAAACCCAACACUAAACCCAAGUCCAGGUAUCAAUUACCUGGUGGUGGGAAAUGUGGCGGCGUUUAUGACACUGGUAGUCGUGUUUAUCGCAUCCGCCGUUACUAGAUCAAACACAGACACACAUACUUUGAACCCAUGGCGGGCCAUAACCACGGUCGACUGUCGGGCCCUCAUGGUAACCAACUUAUACGUGGCCAGCAGUUUGUACGUGCGCUUAGCCUCCAGACAUACGGUGGCGCACCAGGGAGAAGAAAAAGGUGGCGUAAACCAAAAUGAUCGUAAUGUUGACCGACAUGUUCUCGUAGCCAAACGCGAACAUAAAAAUGAUCAGGGCGAUCACCGCCGAACUGGUCACCCACACAACGCCCAAAAAUCGCGACCAAUAGUUACCGUCGAUACUCAUAAUCUCCAGCGAACGGGUGACCCGAUCGGUGUCGGCGCCGGUCACCGGACGUCCGGCGCCGAUACACUCGCGCAGGUAGUCGUUGACCGCUUUCUGUUUGCACACCACAUAAUAGGACAUAUACGAAAUAUGAAGUACGAGCCGAUGAAAAAGUGCAUAGUAUGGAGAAGGCCCAGGCUGAGAAAGUCCAUCGACUUGAACACGAGACGAGUGCGGCCGAGUAGGUCGCGCACCAGGCGCUCGUUGGUCAGCCCGAUCGACGCGGGCGUGAUCACGCCCGACAUCAUGGUGGAACUGCAUGUUCAUGAAGUAGCCGUAGUCGCCGAUCAGCAGGUAGAAUCGGUCGCCCCGAUCCCCGUCGAUGCACACGCUAGGUGCGCUCCGGACGACUCGAUUCGCAUACUCUCCGGUAUCGGCUCCUGGAGGUUGAGCUCCGGCUCAUUGGGUUUGAGCGGCUCCGGGCUAUUAGCGGGCGAUUCAUUUGCCAAGCGCUGGUAUUACCCCAUUUCGAUUUUCAGAAUACUCUUCAAAACAAUACGUGAUAUCCAGACCUUCUCUAUAGAGAACCAGAUAUUGAAAGGGAUGUGUGAACGCAAAUAUAGCCAACACUUCGUACGGACUCUCAGUUUCGGCAAUCAUUGA